AUGGAGGUGAUUGGAGCGGCCGCAACCAUCCUUCAAGUUGCGGACGUAGCCUUGCGCACCACCCACGCUUUGAUUGAGUAUACGAGAAAUACACAGAAUGCCUCUUCUGAUCGGAAGGCACUGGCUGAGGAGGUUCAAUCGCUUUCUGGACUCCUCGAAAGGCUACGCGCCCGUGCAGAAACUUCCCUCCCAGACGACAAAUGGCUUGGGCAGCGAAUAGAUCUUGUGCAACAAUUCGCUCGAGCGUAUGACGAUCUUGCUACAACACUCAAGAUCAACGUCAACACAAAGCAGCCAGAGAAAGAGUCGCGAGUGAAGACAAUGCAGACCAUUGCCAGAUGGUCGUUCACCAAGAGUGAGAUAUACUCCAUGCUCGAGCGUAUUACUCGCCUUCAGCUCUACGCGAACACACUGCUAUUAGACGAGCAAUACUCGCAUGUGGAACGAAUAGACACUAGACAGGAAAUUGCCCAGGAGAGAAAGCAGAGGUCCAUAAUUAUGGGCUGGCUCACUCCCUUGCAAGUGACUACUGCCCACGAGAAUAUAUCAAAACGACCGGAACAAGGCUCUGGUAGAUGGUUUUUGACAUCUUCUAAAUUUAGAUCAUGGCAAUUGGGCGCUUACAAGUUAUUAUGGUGUCCGGGUAUCCCCGGAGCAGGGAAGACUGUCAUGGCGUCUAUCGUCGUAGAACAUAUCCGCCGUCAGCGAACGAAGAAGGAAAUACUCAGCAAAGAAGUGGGAGUCGCGAUGAUGUACCUCAAAUAUACCGACCAUCAUCAAACUGUGGAGAAUAUCCUUGGAAGCUUCCUAGCGCAGCUCGCUCAAGAUCACGAGCCUCUGCUACCAUUUUUGCGCGAUCUGUACGAAAGACAUCGAGCCUAUAGGACUUCACCAACGCUAAGCGAUCUUUCGAUAGCGCUUUCCGAUGUCAGCAAUCUGUAUAAACGGAUUUAUGUUGUUCUUGAUGCCCUUGAUGAAUGUACCGACGACGUUCGGUGGGAGUUGAUAGAAAAACUUCGUGAAAUCGAGCCACGAGUCCAUCUAUUAGUGACCUCUCGCGAUCUUGACAGCAUAGAGGAGGAGCUCCAGGAUUUCGAGCGACUGGAAAUUAAGGCCAAUAAGGCGGAUCUUGAACUGUUCAUCGACCACCACAUUCAGAAAAACAAAAAUCUGCGAAAGAUCGUCCAGAAGAGUCCAACGUUAAGUGAAGAUAUUAAGGUUGCUGUAGUGACAACAGCUGAAGACAUGUUCCUUCUUGCGCGCCUUCACGUGGAGUCAUUGGGCAGUGCCGCGGCACUUUCAAUCAAACACGUCCGGAUGAAGCUUCAAAGCUUGCCUACAACGUUGACUGCCACUUACGAUGAAGCGAUGCAACGUAUCGAAGCCCAAGACCCAGAUCACACCAGCAUUGCCCUUAGGACACUAGCAUGGAUUAGCUAUGCUUUUCGAUCCUUAUCCCUUGGAGAACUUCAGCACGCUUUGGCCAUUGAGCCUGAGAGUACCCGACUCGAUGAGGAAGACAUCAUGGACGGAAAUAGCAUAACGGCCCUGUGCGCGGGCCUGGUGGUUAUUGACCAGGGGACAAACACUGUAACCUUGGUUCAUUAUACUGCUAGUAAAUACUUCGAAGAUGUGCGUGCUUAUCGAUUUCCUGGGUUUCACGCCACUAUCACCUUGAGCUGUGCAACUUAUCUUGCCUUAAGUGCACUUGGAAAUUCCAGUAUCUGGGCAAUUGUUCGACAACAUCCACUGGCUUGUUAUGCCGCGCAGUAUAUGGGCGACCAUGCACGCCACAAUCCCGAAGACGCAUUGGAGCCAUCUAUCCUGGAAGUCAUCGGGAGAUUACUUUCGCAUCCAGAUAAACGAAAACCCCUCAUAUCACUUCUGGAUGGUCUUGAUUUGAUAAGAUCGGGUUUUUAUUCUGGCGAGAUGCCACAGAACGUUUCAGAAACCACUGAAAUCGCUGGUGAAUCUACAGCGGCCAAUGCAAUGAGCCCAUCCGGGGAAAAGCAAGAGUCUGCUAAACACAUAGCAAUGGGAGUCGCCGAAGUGGACGUGUCUUCAACUAGCAGACGAUCCGUAUUCUCUACAGCCGCUACCCUAUCUAACGUCUCGGAACUGGUCCACGUUACUUCCGAGGAAUUUUCCAGAGUCGAUCUUGAGGCUGAGUCGCUGCUGUGGCAGUCUCGUGCAAGCGUCAACCGAAUGCCCGAGGUAACGGCUCUGCACCUUGCCGCGUCAAUGGGGCUUGCAAGAGUGGCGUCAUUGCUGAUUAGAGAGAGCGGUGAUAUUGAUGCCGUGGAUGACACAGGCAAGACAGCGCUCGCCCUUGCCAUGGAAAGAGGCUUUGAGAGAGCAGUCGAAUUCCUAAUCAACAGUGGGGCUAGUGUAGACCUGGGCUCAGGACAUGGGCAAGGAAUUUUCCUCCUUGUCACGGAGAGGAAUUGGGAUACUGUUGCAGGCAUCAUAGCGCACAAGACAAGAUCCAAGUACGACCCCGACGUUGGAUGUGAUCUACGGCAGAACGCAGCGCGAUUUCUGCUCGCUGCUUAUGAUGGCAACCAUCAGGAGAUUAGCAGCCUAAUCAAGGAGGCAGGCCUUGGGUUGGACGUCCGAGAUUCUGACGUUGGAGCUACAGCAUUGUUCAUAGCCGUUGAACGCAAGCAUAUACCAGUUGCCGAAAUUCUUUUGAGCUCUGGGAUCGAUGUCAACUCUAAAGAUAGCGUGGGCCAAACCUCUUUGCAUAGGGCUACCCACUGUGGACACGACGAGAUGAUUCGCUUCUUAACAAAAUAUGACGCCGACAUCGAUUGUCAAAAUGACGAUGGACGUACGCCAUGGAGUGCAAACAUUCGAGGCAAUAAUGAAACUGUCUUGAAGCUGCUAUUAGAUGCAGGGGCCGACCCUAGCACCAAGGGUCAUCAGGGAGUGAGCGAGCUCUACAUAGCAGCGCAAAACGGCGAGACACAGCUCGUGAAGCUCAUGCUCGACAGCGGCACCGAUUCUUCAAUUCGAACGCAAUUCGACUGGGCUCCUUUGCACUGGGCUGCUUAUUAUGGUCAUGUUGAUUGUGUCAGGUUACUCAUCCAAGCUGGCGCUGAACUUUCUCCAGUGUCCGAUCAAGACGCAUCUCCGUUGGACUUGGCUAUCCGCGCCAACCAGAUCGAGAUAGUCGACAUUUUGACUCGUGCUGGAGCGAAGGAGAGUCGGGACAUACAGACCUUAUCAAAAAUCAGCGAAGAGGUCGACAACACGGAGUCCACGCCUAGGAAUGCAAAGAGUGCAAGCGAUUCUUCGACCAAGACAUCUCUAACCUUUGACAAACCGGUACAACAAGGACUGCUUGUUGGCCAAUUCAUCUAUCCUUCAACAUCCUUGAAGCAAAAAGGCUUUAUUUACCAGCUUUCGCAACCUCUAGAUACCUUAUCGACCUUUCUGAGCAUCAGGACGGCUCAAAGACGAGCCGACAUGGUCGAGUACCCCAUUGGUCCAGAGGGGUAUGAUUCCACUCACAUACUGUACGAUAUCUGGCGCAGAACGGUAGACUAUCAGCGGCUGCAAUUGCGCGGAGGAACACAGAGUAGCUUUUCCGGUGUUAUUGACAUGCAAAGAGACUGGACAGGUGGCUGGAAAGUGCGCCACAAUCACGAUGGGGAAAGUGAAUAUUUGUUCCGUACCACGCCCGACUGGUCCAGGAUGAAAGAGGAGGGAUGUCGAUGGAUGACUGAGGAGGGGAAGCUACUCGCAAGGACGGGAGUGGAAGAUGUCACUCCCACAUUGUGUUUCGAGCAUGGAUUGCAGAGGGGAAUGCAAGACGUGCUUGUUUCGUGCUGGGUCGGGAAGCUCUGGUCUGAGAUGGUCGCUAUACCAAGGAAGGGGGAAGAAAAGGCUUCGCAAGCUUAA